AUGGAAAGCAUUCGGAUACUCAUCUUCUAUUUGGCGGUGCCGAGCCUCUUGCUCUCCGCCAUGAGCCAGAUUCUCUCGUGGAGGAAAAAGGUCGGACGGCAGACCAAGAAAUUCCCCGGACCUCAACAAUUCCCCAUUGUUGGAAGAGUCCAUGAUAUAGAUAGGUUCUGUAUGUGGAAGAAGUUCAAGGAGUGGGCCGACAUCUAUGGACCUAUAUACCGGACGAGUAUGCUGGGACAGAAUUUCAUCAUAAUCUCAGACGAGAAGAUCGCCGAAGAACUCCUGAUGAAAAGGGGCCACAUAUACUCCGGGCGCCCUCAGAUCAGGGCUCUUUUCGAUCAUAAAACUGGACCGGGUUAUGUCGCACUGAUGGAUAGACACGAAAUUUGGACGCGCCAACGGAAAUGGGUUCAUGCCGCCAUGGUUGAAUUCCAUCGAUCUCAUUUUUUUGGUAUUAUCGAGAAUGAAGUCAAGAGAUACUUGGCAGUACUUCUGCUCGACCCGGCCAAGUUCCAUGGUAACACACGAGAACAUUGUGGACGUAUCAUGAGCCGACUAGCUUGGGAUGAUGCUUCGCAGGGCAAGGAGAAUGGGGAUAGUGCUGAUUGCACAUUGACUCAAAUGUCUGUGUCGGGACCAAUCGUCAAUACAAUGACGCCACUGUGGGAGAUCCCGUGGGCUUUUAACCCAUGGAAGAAGUAUGAAAGGGCACGUGAGGAUCGACAGCGGGCUUGGUGGCUCAACUCUUUUCAUAUUGCGAAGCAAAGAUUUCUUCGAGGAGAGUUACCCGCGGACACAUGGUCGAACCGGUACCUCACAGGACUUCAACAACAAGGCAACCUUAGCCUAGAGCAAACUCCACAAGAAGAAGAGUUCGCCAGCUGUAUGCUUGGAUUCCAGAAUCUUGUGGGUGUGGUGACUAUUAGUGGUCCGAUGCUGUUUUUCUUAAUGGCCAUGGUACUUAACCCCGAAUGGCAGAGAAAGGCCCAAGAGGAGAUCGACAGGGUUUGUGGUGACAAGAUGCCCACAACAAGCAAUAUGGCCGACUUGCCUAUUAUGCGGGCGUGUUUAAAGGAAACAACUAGAUGGCGAUCUGGCGUUCCUCUUGGUGUACCCCACCAAGCUGAGCAGGAUGACGAGUUUCGCGGCGAGAAGAUUAAGAAGGGUACCAUUAUUUUGGCGUGUGAAUGGAGUAUAAAUCGUGUUCCAGAACGUUACCCAGACCCUGAGAACUUCCAUCCAGAACGGUACUUAGAAAAAGAGUGGCCGACCUACCAGGAACCGCUCUCCCGGUAUCCCAACCUUCGCGAAGGAGUGGGGAUGCAUACAUUCGGGUGGGGUCGACGGACAUGUCUUGGUCAACAUAUCGCGGAUGACGAGAUGUUCGUUACAGGGGCGGGCGUGUUGUGGGCUUUCAAUUUAAUUAGGAAAAAGUGUCCUAAGACGGGUGAGGUGAUCGAGUUCGAUAGUGAGGCUACCAAUGCCCACGUCAUUCUCGAGCCGUUGCCUUUCCCAUGCGAUUUCCAGCCACGAAGUGCUGAGAGAGCCUCGCAAAUCUUGUCUGGAUAUGCCGAAGUGAGGGAUCAACUUCGCGUUUGA